AUGCAGUGCUCCUGCAUUCUGCUGUUCGCCGUCAGCCUGCUGCUCGGCCCCGCGGCCGCUCUCAUCAGGAUCCCGCUGCACAAGUUCACGUCCAUCCGCCGUACUCUGUCUGAAGCUGGAGGCUCUGUGGAAAAUCUCAUUGCCAAGAACCCCAUCUCCAAAUAUGCCCAGGAGGUGCCCACCGUGAAUGGAGACCCAGUGCCCGAGAUGCUUAAGAACUACAUGGAUGCCCAGUACUACGGGGAGAUUGGUAUCGGAACGCCCCCACAGUGCUUCACGGUCGUCUUCGAUACAGGCUCCUCCAACCUGUGGGUCCCCUCGAGAAAAUGCAGCCCGUUCAGCCUUCCCUGCUGGUUUCACAAGAAGUACGACAGCUCCAAGUCCAGCACUUAUGUGGAGAACGGCCGCACCUUUGACAUUCAUUACGGCUCGGGCAGUCUCUCGGGGUUCCUGAGCCAGGACACCGUGUCGGUGCCAUGUGGGUUGAGCAGAAAUGAAGAAGGUGUCCAGGCAGAAAAGCAGAUCUUUGGGGAGGCCACCAAGCAGCCGGGCAUGACGUUCUUGGCGGCCAAGUUCGACGGGAUCCUGGGCAUGGCGUACUCCAGCAUUUCCGUCGAUAAGGUGGUGCCUUUCUUCGACAACCUCAUAUGGCAGAAGAGGAUGCCGAAGAACGUCUUCUCCUUCUACCUGAACAGAGACCCGACGGCCAAGACUGGGGGUGAACUGAUGCUGGGCGGUGUAGAUGCCAAGUAUUACCAGGGGUCCAUUGACUUCGUCAACGUCACCCGGAAGGCAUAUUGGCAGAUCCACAUGGACAGGCUGGAUGUGGGCAAAGGGCUGACACUGUGUAAAGGCGGCUGUGAAGCCAUCGUGGACACAGGCACCUCCCUGUUUGUGGGUCCAGUAGAGGAGGUCAAGGCUCUGCAGAAGGCUCUGGGCGCUAUCCCGCUGGUCCAGGGCGAGUACAUGAUUCCCUGUGAGAAGGUGGCUGAUCUGCCCCCCAUCACCCUGAAGCUGGGGAGCAAGGACUACACGCUUUUGUCAGAGGACUAUGUGCUCAAGGUAUCCCAGGCUGGGAAGACCAUCUGUCUGAGUGGAUUCAUGGGAAUGGACAUCCCUCCCCCCGCUGGGCCGCUUUGGAUCAUGGGUGACGUCUUCAUCGGCCGCUACUACACGGUGUUCGACCGGGACAAUGAUAUGGUGGGCUUCGCCAAGGCUGCCAAGCUCUAG